GCCUAAUCAUAUUUAGUGGGGAGGGGUCUAGUAACAAUGGUACAGAGGUAUAAAUGCACCCUGCUUACAGCUGGGGCAGACUAAAUAAAAACUGGAUCACAUCCUCCUAACUUCAUAUUUUACAUGCGUUUUUAACUUUUGCAGAUAAUAUUCAUAAGAAAAUACGUAUUUUACAUAUUCAGAACCGAAGCAUUUCUCCUUGAACAAGAAAUGGAUAACUGGAAGAUCCAGCUUGUCGUUGUGACUUUUUGCACUUUGUUGCAGACCAACCAAGGACUGUCUUCUAGUGUGGAAGAGGGGAGAGGACUAUCUAGAGACUGGCAGGAUGAGAGCGUGACACAGACACAGAUGGAAACAGAUAAAACCCACCUGAUAGCCACUCUGAUGAAGAGAUCUAAAGCCCUUCGCUUCUACGGACUCAUGGGGAAACGCUCAGGAAAUAAAGGAGAGACGUUUGUAGGCCUGAUGGGAAGAAGCAUUUCCAGUGGUGAAUCUUUAACCAGAAUAAAUCCACCAGCAACAACCACCGGGAUCGAUGUUUCAGAGGAACCACACAAGCAAGGUUCAUCGGAGGAAUGGAUCCAAAUCCUGUAUUGAUGGGAGUUACGGGGGAAAAAAGUACACAUUACUAUGAUCUAUACAAUUUUACACCAAAGAAGACAAACAUACGUCAUACUCCUUGAAAUACACUCUGCUUACGGCUUCAGUUCAUGCUAACAAUGACUGUAUUAAUCCCAGACAAAAAUAACUGUCACCUUCAAAAUGCACAUUUCCUGAAAGAAAUAAAAAAUUACCAUCUGCCAAA